AGCGGCUACAUAAAUGCAGCCUGGUUUGCUCGAAGAAUUGCAUUUCUGCUCUGACCUGAGAAGAACAACCAGACUUCUAACAUGAAGACCAUCUUUGUUUGCCUGCUUCUCUGCGCCCUGGCCAUGUCGGCCCUCGGCUACCCCUACCUUGCAGUUCCAGGUGAAGAGGUCGCGCAGGUUGACGAUAAUGGUCAGGGUCAGGCGCUUGUAAGAACUGCCCGCAGCCCCCAUUAUGGCGGCUACGGCGGCUAUGGCCGCAGGGGCUACGGAGGAUACGGAGGAGGGUACGGAGGAUAUAGGCCUGGUGGUUAUGGAGGAUACGGAGGCUAUGGAAGACCUUAUGGAGGCUACGGAGGCGGAUUUGGCGGCAGUGCCAGUUACGCCAAUGCAGGGUCCUUUGGCGGUGGCUUCGGAAGUGGAAGCUACGCUAAUGCCGGCAGUGGCAGCUUCGGCGGCGGAUUUUACGGCUAAAACUAUGGUAUCGCCACUGUUUUAAUUAACAAACGACAACCCACAGCUAUUCUCUUUUGCCCGCAUUGCAAAAAGUGUGAAUGAAAAACUUGUGUGUACCAUCAAGUGUGCUUCAUCUGUAUUACGCAGACAAAAAUCUAAAAAAAAUAAUAAAAUAUUUAAAUUUUUCUAAGA